AUGUAUGGUAAAAUUAAUCCAAAAUUCAGCUUCUCUUCUGGUUGGUUAGAACGUUUCAAGUCAAGAUAUGGAAUCAAGUCUUACAAAUGUUUUGGUGAAAGUCAUUCAGUUAUCAUGGAGAACAUUGAAAAUAAAUUGCCUAGCAUAUGGUCAAAACUAGAUCAGUUUGAAUUGAAGGAUAUUUAUAAUAUGGAUGAAACUAGACUAUUUUACCUAUUGAAAGUUGAUCAUUCACUUGCUACCAAGCAGCUUGAAGGUCGCAAAAAAGACAAAGAAAGAAUUACUCUUACUCUCUGUUGCAAUGGUGAUAGAUCUCACAAAGUACCAUUGUGGAUUAUUGGUAAGUUUGCAAAUCCUAGAUGCUUUAAAAAUGUGAAUAUGACCUAUCUUAAUUGCACGUAUAUAUCCAACAAGAAAGCUUGGAUGACUGGCCUGCUUUUCCAAGAAUAUGUUGGAUGGUUUGAUAAGAGAAUGAAUGGAAAGAAGGUUUUGUUAAUAGUAGACAAUUGCCUAGCUCAUCCAACGAUAGUUGAAGGCCUAAGAAAUGUAGAGUUGUUUUCUUAUCUCCUAACACAACGUCUAAGAUUCAAUCAUGUGAUGCUGGAAUUAUUCGAGCAUUCAAAGCUCAUUAUCAUCGUCGUCUUUAUUUCAGCAUCCUACAAGCAUUGUAAGAUCCAGUCAAAAGAAAAUAAUGUUCCCGAACCACAAGUUGGUGAAUUAGAUGAAGGUAUCCAAGAAUUAAAUGAUGUCAUCUCUAAUUUAGCCUAUAGAAAUAUGAUGGAUGUUGAACAUCUUUUGAACUACCCUAACGAGAAUGAUACAGUUAUGGAAUCACCUGCAGAGGAAGAGAUUAUUCAAUCUGUAAUGAAUAAUGAUGAUGAGAAUAAUCUUGGGCAAGAUGAUAGGAGCAUUGUCCCACGUGUGUCGUCAAAAGAGGCAUUUCAAGCAAUGACUACAUUGUCAAACUAUUUGGUGCAACACGAAUAA